AUGGGUCGCCGAAGGAUAGAGAUGAAGAAGAUAGAUAACGAGAAUUAUCUACACGUUACCUUCUCAAAACGCCGACCUGUACUUUUCAAUAUGGCAAGCGAGCUCAGUAUUGUGUGUGGUGCUGAGAUAGCCAUUCUCGUCUUCUCACCUUGGGGCAAUCUCUACUCCUUUGGAAGCCCUAGUGUGACCUCCGUCGUAGAUAAGUUUCUGAACCAACAUGGUCAGCCAUCGGUAGCCACCAGUGCCACCCAUAGGGCUAGAAUUAAUGAGCUAUACGGACAGAACGUGGACCUGGUGAAUGAUCUGGAAAAGGCGAAGGAGCGAUCCGAGGAAGUCAAGAAAUGGUUAGAAGAAGUGAAGCAAGGUGAAGCAUGGUGGGAAGCACCUAUCCAAGAUAUGGGAUUGCUUGAGCUUCAGCGCUUGGAGGUGUGUAUGGAGGUGUUUAAGAAGAAUGUGGUCAAACGGGCUGAUGAGCUACUGGCCAAAUAUGCUGUUGUUCCCUCGCCUUCCUUAACCAUGAAUCCAGUGGGUGUGGUGGAACCUUUGGCAACUGCUAGGCCAAACCUCAAUCCAAAGGAAUGGCGGUUAUGGUUUUAG